AUGGAGAUCGCUGCCAUCGCUCUUAUUCUGGCGACGAUGAUUGCCUCCAAAGCCGCAGCGCAGAACAACGGUUGCUCGAGCGUGAUGAUGACCCUAUCCCCAUGCCUUGACUUCAUCGGAAGCAAAGCCCUGGAGCCCGGCUUCUCCUGCUGCACCACGCUCGCCGGCAUCGUCCAGACCGACCCCCGUUGCCUCUGCAUGGUUCUCGAUGGCAGUGCGGCGUCAUUUGGCAUCGUCAUUAACCACACGAGGGCCCUGGAGCUCCCUAGCAUCUGCAAGGUCCAAGCACCGCCGAUUAGCCAAUGCACAGCCAUCCCAGUUCCUCCAGCAACAGCGCCAGAAGACCCACCGGAGGAGACGAGCAACCAAUCUAAUGUUCCUCCAAUCCAGUAUGCAAUACAUGGUGAAAACUCAAGGACUAACUGCUACAUCAUUCAAUUUAAUGCAGGAAGCCCGAAUUCGAAUGCAACAUCAAGCUCCAGGAACUCAAAGAGUGCGGCAAAUUUGAUGGUCACUAUGCUUAUACCUACAUGUGCAUUAAUCUAUGUCUUCUAAGUGUUGGACAGUUUCAUUUUCUGCAGCCUUGUAUUAAAUGACAAGACCAAUAGAAUACCAUUUAGUAUGAUAUAUCUUUCCGAUGAGUCUCAAUAAAAAAAUGUCGUGUCAUUCAGUAUAAGAAGCCAAUUAACUCCAGCGGAUGUGAAAACAUGAAUUAACACGUAUAGCUAGCUACGUUGACAUAACAUUUUCUGUCAAGCAUACUUUGCCUGGUAUUUUCGAGUUAUCAAACUGUUCUGCA